GUGUUCGUGAAAAGUUUUAUUAAACAUGACGGCUUGUAAUUUCCAAACGAAAUUCGAAUGUAGCUAAGUAAUGCGAAUCUACAAAGUUACUUUAAUUCAAUUUAUGAAGUUCAUAUGUUGAUUCAACGCUACCACCUUCUACCGACUAAUGCGGAACAAGUUUAACACAGCGUUAUCAAGCGAUGACUGGAGAAAGUCACAGGUACGACAGACAUCGACAUGGUAAGGUUAUGGUCAUUUGUUCUGGUUUGUUUUAUGGUGUGCGCUUUAAAUGGGUACAAAUAUGAGAUUUCAACGUUUACUGGUAAUCGGUUUGGUGCAGGCACCGACUCAGAUGUGUUUGUAACAUUGUUUGGCGACAACGGAGAUUCGGGAAGAAAAACCUUGGAACACAGUGGGUCAAACGAUUUUGAGAGAGGGCAGAAAGAUGUUUUUACUGUGGACGCUGAUGAUCUUGGGCGACUAAAUAGACUAGUCGUUGGCCAUGACAACACAUGGCUAGGUGCAGGAUGGUUUCUUGAUAAGAUCACUGUCAAAACUGAAGAAGGGGUGACCUAUGAAUUUCCAUGCUACCGCUGGCUGGCUAGUAAUGAAGGCGAUGGAAAACUGCAAAGGGACCUCAUACCUUCAUUGACAUUUACUGAGAAUGAGACUGACACAGGACAAUGUCAGGAAGCUCUCGGAAUAUCAGACGGGAGGAUCAAGAAUACUCAACUAUUCGCUUCAUCAUCGGCAGACGAAACUCAACAACCAUUUCAUGCGAGGAUAAACAAAACAAUAAAAGGAUCCAGGGGAGGGUGGUGUUCAGCCUUUCCUGAUAAUACAGAAUUUAUUGAGGUUGACUUUUUAAAACCGUUUUUAAUCUCAGGUGUAGCAACACAAGGGCCGGCAUUGCUUGAUAACUGGGUUACGGAAUAUAUAUUGCAAUUCAGUAACAAUAAUACAAAGUGGGAACCAUAUAAAAUUAAUGGUACAACCCAGAUAUUUAGUGGUAAUGUCGACCGUACCAAUAUAGUCACCCAUUGGUUUGCCAAACCUGUGACGUCCCGCUAUGUGCGACUUAUACCUCAGACGCGGCAUGGUUCAACCAACUGUCUAAGACUGGAGCUUUAUGGGUGUAAAACAGACGAGACAGGGGUCGCCAGAACGAUCGGGUCAAAAGCAAACGACCCAGACGCCCUUCUAAAACAAGUUCUGUCACAUGCUGUCGUUUACUUUCGGUUCGAGGACGACCGCAAUGACGUCAUACAAGAUGAUUCAAGCAACACAAAUAUCGGCAAACUGAUAGCCCCAGCAACGACACCAAGCUUUAGUGAAACCUGUGGUAAAGGCUUGCAACUGAGUGGCGGAGCUCUGUUAAUUUCUGGUGAUACGUUCAAAGAGAAACCGAAUAUAGCAAUAACAAUAUCGUGCUGGGUUAAUAUCGCAGAGAAGAAAGGAAAUGCCACAUUGUUCAGCACUGUUGGUGGAGCAAGUUCAAAAUUUAAAUCCGAACAAUAUAGUGUCAAGAUUGAAAAUGGAAAAUUUGCGUGCUUGCAUCGUAACGAGGAGGGAAAGUUGGUUUUUCAGAUUGUUAGUCACCAAAAACUGAAACCACGUAUUUGGAACCACGUCGCUUGUACGUAUGACUCCCAGUUAAGACGAAGUGCCCUGUUUGUAAACGGAAAGCAAGAUGCCACUAAAAAAGGUGCAGGCAUGUUGUCGCAAGACUGGGAAGGACGUGCAAGUAUCGGAAAUAGCGAGGAUAAACCUGGUUCCCAAUGCAAAAUAGACGAGUUCUAUAUGGCAGAUACGGCGUUGAACGAGAAGGAAGUAGCUCGUUUGAUGGACCAGUGUAUAUUUGAAAAAGAAUGUUAUUUUUCCCUUGGUAUGGAAAACAUGAAAAUAGACAACGCUCAAGUGACUUCAAGUUCUGUGUUUGGCCUCCACAAACCAUACUACGGUCGUCUAAAUCUGCUUUCCUUUCAUGGGGAUCCAUCCCGUAGUGCGUGGUGUGCAAGUUCCGGGGACAAAAACCCCUAUCUUCAAAUUGCAUUUGGCCAAGAUACAACAUUGUCUGGUGUAGCAAUUCAGGGAUUGUCGUUGUUCGAUAAUUUUGUGACGAGUUUCAGAUUAUGCUAUAGCAAUGAUGGAAAUAGUUUUGACUGUAUACAAGAAUCGGGGAAUGGAAAUGAGAAGACCUUUCUAGGAAACGAUGAUAAAGAUUCGGUUCGUAUCCAGUGGUUGGAUCAACCAGUAGAUACCCGAUAUCUGAGAUUUUACCCCCAGUCUUGGUACGGCAACCAUAUAUGUAUGAGAGCUGAGGUGUAUGGCUGCAGAAGAGGAUUAUUGAGCAAUACCAUUGACACAGAAGCGAGUCAACGAAGUGACACAAAGAAUGACGUAAGGCAACUAGUAAGCUACGGAACUUGCAGCGUUGGCUGUGGCAAGGGUACCAAGCGUAGAAAACGGUUAUGUACCAGAGGGAUUUUGUGCCCUGCAAACGCUGACCAUCUGAUAGACAGGGUACCAUGUACAAAACCAGCGUGCCCAGUCUGUUUUCAACAGCUGGGUGUGGCAAAUGGUUUAAUCCCUGACAACGCAAUAACGGGUUCGAGCAGUUUAGACGACACUUUGAGACCGUACUAUGGUCGCGUGUUAAAGGCUGGCAGUUCAAAAACAGCAUCUCGUGGUUGUUGGUGUGCAAGAAAGUCUGAUACAGCGCAAUUUCUCCAAGUUGAUUUACGACGUAGCAUGACUGUAACAGGUAUCGGUAUACAAGGUCAGGUACUAGGCAACAACUGGGUGACUAGUUUUAGAAUUACUUAUGGAAUUGAUGGCAUAACAUGGAUACCUUAUACAAGAAAGGAUUUCCCACAAGAGAAGGAAAUCUUCCUUGGUGCGGAUGACAAAGCGACCGAAGUAGUGCGACCGUUGGAUCGACCAAUCGUGGCCAGAUUUGUGCGAAUUCACCCACUUUCUUGGAAUGCCCUUCAAAUAUGUUUGAGAAUUGAACUGUAUGGUUGUACUAUAAAGGAAGCUGUGAUGCUGAAACGUCCGCAUAAAAUGAAACCAUCAGCGCCAAACCCCUUACAAAAAUUACUUCAACCAGAGAGGACGAGGAACUCGAGCAAUGGCACACAGUUCAUCAUCGAGUUGAACAAUACCAUGGCAAUCCGCUAUGUUGGUGACAGACCAACUGGCAAAAUAUCUUUGUCUUUGGCGAAUAUGACGUUAAUUUCUAAUAUCAAUACCACAAUUACAGGGGUCCGAGAGCUAUGCCGAAAGACAGGUAUACCGGACGCUCUCUGCAAGCCGAAGUCGAUCUCCCAAAUGGAAUCGCAGACGUUUGGCAAUGUUUCAGAAUUUCCAAGAAUCGUUAACGGUUCAAUUGGUAAGCAAAUUUUAAACUUGGCAAAAUUCAAUGACAGAACUGCUCAAAAAAACCUGGCCAAUCUCAAAAACCCGUUGUCUGAUGUAUCCGCCGUCAAAAUCUCAAACAAUCAAGGAAAUGCCGUACAUGCACAAAUGAACGUCAACCCGCAUUCAUCUUCCAUUUCCAAAAACUCUGAAGCUGAAAAUGAUAUCAUCUUCGGUUCCCAACUACCUUCAGCUGCGAGUAAACCGCCGACAAUGUCCUCACCAGCAACACAUUUGUCAACUUCCCCACCCGCUACGCAUUCACCGAUGAACAAUAAGCCACAAACUAAUUCUGUGCUGCAUAUUUCGGGCGAUAUACAUUCUAAUUCGCCACAAGAUUUCCCACUGCAUGUUACAACUAUAAAGAAUGUAUCACCACCUUUUAAGUCACCGUCUACAGCUUCUUCGACGUCUUUCCAACCUACAACUGACGCGAAAUCCACGUCAGCAGCUCUUAAAAAUGUCUCUUCCUCGCCCCAAACUGAAUCUUCACUCCAAUUCAACCCGCCAACUUCGUCUCCUUAUUUAUUGGAAGCUUCGUCCUCGCAAUUACAUACCGCAACAACAUCACCAUCAUUACAGUCACAUCCAACUCAAAACCCAUCACCACCUCCCUUUGGUCCAGUAUUUCUUCAAGAUGUCUCGUCUACACCACGACCACCACCGCCACCUUCGCCACCACCAACACCACCACCGCCACCGCCACCACCACCGCCACCUCCACCACCACCUCCACCCCCACCAUCAACACCACCACCGCCACCACCACCUCCACCACUACCACUAACACAACCACCACCACCACCACCGCCGCCGCCACCACCACCACCACCACCACCACCACCGCCACCACCACCUCCACCACCUUUCUCUGAACCUCCCUCGCCUCCAAUACAGCAAACUACCCCACCACCAUCCCUACCACCGUCCCCACCACCAUGGUAUGACCAUCACCCGGACUAUGUUUCAUCAACACCUUCCCCGCCCAUCAACAGUCCAACUUACCCAGGAACGACAAGCUCACUAGACACAUCCUCAACUAUAGCUGACCAAAACGUUCAACUCUUGUAUUCCACGACUCCAAAGCCGCACGAUCCUGCCUAUGACGACUUGUUAAGGCAAGUCUCUCAAGAUCCAAUGCCAAACCUAGACGCAAGUGCAGUUCAAUCACAGGACGCGGCACAAGCAACAGUUAACCAGCCAGGGAUUUCGUCUUCUCAGGCGACAUAUCCAGACGUCGGUAACACGCUCACAUACGGAAGUUCAGCACCUAAUAUGUACAACUCCAUGAGCUAUGACUGGUCAGACUUUGGCGCGUGCAGCGCAACAUGUGGCCAAGGGUAUAAAAGACGAAUCCGAAAGUGUGACGUACCACAGCGUUGUUCUGAUAGAAUUGCAGAAGAUGUCCAACUAUGCUACAGCGCGCCUUGUGAAGAUUUUUCCAACCCCUGGUCGGCGUACAGCCAGUGCAGUAGGUCUUGUGGUGGCGGUCAACGAACACGUACAAGAAGUUGCGUUGGCCAAGUUGCGUGUCCAGCAUCAGGAAGUGAAACUCAAAAUGUACCAUGUCUCAUUUCUGACUGUCCAGUGUUGCACUACGAUUUUGAAAAUACCACUCAAGAGAUAAUCCGGGACAAAUCAGGCCACGGUAAUAACGCUUAUUUAGAGAACGGCGCUGAAAUUCAGCCAGCAAGUGACGCUUGUGGUUUUAAAGCAGUCCUUCGGCCUCGGGGAGAUAUAUUGAUGGAGGAUUUUAAGCUGGAAAGUAAACCGACGAAUGCUAUAACUAUUGCUGCGCGAGUACUUCUUCAAGACAUCAGAGGUUGGCAUUCAAUAUUCAGUACUGUUAAGACUACGGACGGCGGAGAAAUCAAAGGUGGGUUUCACUUCGAGAUUGACGACGGGAACGUACGAUGGUUUCAUCGCAAUCACGAUGACCACACCGUGUUUGAUGUCAGAACUUCAGAUCUCGUUUUCAAACCUAAUACUUGGCACCAUGUGAUGGGCACCUAUAAUUCCAAAUUAGGCCAGGCUCAGGUUUACGUCGAUGGUAUUGUAAAAGCACAUUCACCCGGCUUUGGCCUCUUGGAUACUGAUUGGGGUUAUAAAGCAUGCAUUGGCAGUUUUGACUUUGAUGGGAGGUAUUUAAAUGGAGAAGUGGAUGAUUUUCAGGUGUUUAACUACGCUGUCAUAGACAAGUUUCAAAUUGAGAAUCUAAUUAAAUCAAAAUGUGAGAAAAAGCCAGAAGAAACGGUAGAAUAUAAUUCAGGCAGCCAGUGUUAUCUGAUCAGGUUCCACAAAAAUGACUUAUAUACGGUUUAUAGAAUUAUUAACCUGAUUAAUCGAUAUUUUUUAUACAACGUAUAGUAUUUUGAGAAAAUUAGGCGUAAAAUUUCUAAAUAAUAAAUCAUCAGCGUGCGCAACAAUUGAUUUCAGAGAUGAAUCUAGUCCGUAUAUCUGAUGGGUUAUUAAAUCCAUAAUUCCCGUGGUUAUUUCGCGGUUAUUAUUCCCGAGCGGGUGCGGAGGUACUAAUUCCGCUCGGAUAUUUACACCCACGAUUUGCGAAGGUGAAAUCAAAGU